AUGGGAGAUAAUGGAGGAGCUCGCGGCGCGCCCGAGGACCCAGCUGUGGAGCGAUGCGGAGAUGAUGGAGCUCGCAGCGGCUGUCGUUUUCUGCCGGCGCAGCGGGCAGGUGAUGCGGAGAAGCAACCUCGUUUACUGGCGGCAGGUGUGGCGCGCGAUCCGGCGCGCGAACCCCGAAUGGCGGCGCGUCCCGACGGCGAUGCAGAAGCAGUGGGCGCGCAUGAGAGCGCGCUACGACGCGGAGACGCGCGACCCGCGCCGGAUACGGUGGCGGAAGGGGCAGGCGGGGGUGCCGCGGCGGGCGGGGGUGCCACCGUCCCCCGCAAAGGGAAUACCCCCGGGCGCAGAGCAACAGGCGGGGGGCUCGUCCCCUGGACCUCUGCAGUCCCCUGGCCCUCUACAACCCCCUGGCCUGCUACAGCCCCCUGGCCUGCUACAGCCCCCUGGCCCGCUACAGUCCCCGGGCCUGCUGCGACCUCUUGUUUUGCAACAGCUUCCGGGCCUGCUGCAACCCUCUGGUCUGCUACAGCCCCCUGGCCUGCUGCAACCCCCUGGCCUGCUACAGCCCCCUGGCCUGCUACAGCUCCCUGGCCCUCUGCAGUCCCUGUGCUGAUUACAUACCUUCAGCCGACAGGUUAUGAGCCUGUAUCAGCCCAGCCUGUAUCAGCCCAGCCUAUAUCAGCCCAACCUGUAUCAGCCCAGCCUGUAUCAGCCCAGCCUGUAUCAGCCCAGCCUAUAUCAGCCCAGCCUGUAUCAGCCCAACCUGUAUCAGCCCAGCCUGUAUCAGCCCAGCCUGUAUCAGCCCAGCCUGUAUCAGCCCAGCCUGCAUCAGCCCAGCCUGUAUCAGCCCAGCCUGUUUCAGCCCAGCCUGUAUCAGCCCAGCCUGUAUCAGCCCAGCCUGUAUCAGCCCAGCCUGUAUCAGCCCAGCCUGUCUCAGCCCAGCGUCAAGGGGCAGCUGCAGCACCACCGGGUGAUUUGACUGCAGCACCGGGUGAUUUGACUGCAGCACCGGGUGAUUUGACUGCUGGGGGCGGCUCACUGGGUGGUAGGGGUGGUGGGAUGGAGCAGAGAGAGCGAAUGGAGGGAAGUUAUGAACCUGCAGCAGCCCUCGUGAAUAGCGCAGCAGCCUCUGGUGGUGGUGAUUGUUUGACUGCUGGAGCAGGCACGCUCCAUGGUUUGACUGGUGGGAUGGAGCAGAGAGAGCGAAGGGAGGGAAGGUAUGAGCUCGCAACAGCCCAGAGACAAGGGGCAGCAGCCACUGGUGGUGGUUCGAUUAGUGGGAUGGAGGGGAGGGAGCAAAAUGAUAAAAGGUUUUUUUGGAGAGGAAAAGAUUGGUCUACAGAAGGUAAAAAGGGUUUAAAUGCAGGGGUUUCGGGCGAGAGGGUGGGUGAGAGGUUGAGUGCAGCCAUGGGUGCGGCUGUGAGUACAGCCCCCCUGCCAGGGGAUUCGAGCGCAGGGGUUUCGGGCGAGAGGUUGGGCGACCGGUUGGUCGACAGAUCGGGUGAGAGGGUGGAUGAGAGGUUGAGUGCAGCCAUGGGUGCGGCUGUGAGUACAGCCCCCCUGCCAGGGGAUUCGGGCGCAGGGGUUUCGGGCGAGAGGUCGGGCGACCGGUUGGUCGACAGAUCGGGUGAGAGGUUGAGUGCAGCCAUGGGUGCGGCUGUGAGGAAUGCAUGCGUUCAGUUUGAUGAGCUCACUCGGGAGUUGCUAGCGGAUGCUUACUCGCGGUUUGAGGAGCUCUCACAGCGAUUGGCAGAAGAUGCUUCUGCUCGGUUUGAGGAGAUUGCGAGAGAGCUGAUCCAAGGAGACUGCGGCGGCUUGCCGAGACAGCAAGAGGCGUAA